CAGUCAAAAAUCAUCAUGCUGGGCACACUACUCCUGCUCUGGAUCGGCUUCUGUCUCCUGUUCUUCCUCUUCAAGACUCGAAGACCCAAAAACUUCCCUCCUGGUCCACAGCCUAUACCAAUCUUUGGGAAUCUGCUGCAGCUGAACCUGAGGAAUCCCAUCAAAGACCUGGAGAAGCUAUCAGAACGCUAUGGGAAGGUUUUCUCUUUGUAUUUUGGGGGAAGACCUGCGGUCGUACUGAAUGGUUUUCAGGCCAUGAAGGAAGCAAUGGUCGCUCAAGCUGUGGAUUUCGCAGGACGACCUCAUGGGAUGAUGAUAAGCCAAAUCACAGAGAAAAAAGGUGUCAUACUUGCUGAUUAUGGUCCCAGCUGGAGGGAACACAGACGCUUUGCUCUGAUGACCCUGAGGAACUUUGGUCUGGGGAAAAAGUCGAUGGAGGACAGGAUUCUGGAGGAGAUAUCCUACGUCACCACACUCUUGGAAAGAAGUGAUGGGAAAUCUGUGGAUCCGCAGAGUAUGUUCCACAAAGCUGCAUCUAACAUCAUUUGUUCCAUUGUAUUUGGGACUCGAUAUGACCAUAAUGAUGAAUUUCUUCUGCAUAUCAUAAACACAUUCAGAGAGAUUACCAAAAUGAUCAAUGGACCUUGGGCUAUGAUCUAUGAUACACUACGAUUCCUGCGAAUUUUUCCACUGCCCUUUAUGAAGGUGUUUCAGAAUGUAGAAUUGAUGAAAACUAUUGUGUCAGACCAAACUACUCAGCACAAGAAAACACGGGUCCCGGGAGAACCUCGAGACUGCAUUGACUGCUACUUGGAUGAAAUGGAAAAGAGAGAAGAUGGUUUUUCCUCCUUUGAUGAAAGCCAGUUAACAUACUUUGCUCUGGAGCUCCAUAUUGCUGGAACAGACACCACUUCAAAUACCCUCCUCACUGCAUUCCUGUACCUCUCAACUCACCCAGACAUUCAAGCGAGAUGUCAGCAGGAGAUUGAUGCUGUGCUUGGGGACAGAGCACACGCCUCCUUUGAGGACAGACACAAGAUGCCGUAUGUGCAGGCCAUGAUCCAUGAAGUCCAACGCAUGGCCAACAUUAUACCUCUUAGUGUCUUUCACCGUACCACGAAAGACACACAGCUGAUGGGCUACAACAUUCCCAAGGACACCAUCAUUAUUCAGAACCUUACAUCUGUACUUUAUGAGGAGAGCCAGUGGAAGUUCCCCCAUGACUUCAAUCCCUCAAACUUCCUGAAUGAGCAGGGAGAGUUUGUGAAGCCUGAGGCCUUCAUGCCUUUUUCAGCAGGUCCUCGGAUGUGUCUUGGGGAGGGACUUGCACGCAUGGAGCUCUUCUUGUUUUUGGUCACUUUGCUGCGUUGCUUCCAAUUUGUCUGGCCUGAAGAUGCUGGGUUGCCUGACUACGCUCCAGUAUGGGGGGCAGUCCAGACACCCAAACCGUAUAAACUUGGAAUCAGACAAAGAGGAUUCUAGCAAGGUUUAAGAAUCAGCACCAGAACAGUGCUGAUUCUUAAGAUAUUUCUGCAACAAACAGUAUCUCCUUUGGGUUAUUGUAAAAAUCAGUAAAUAAGAUAGAAUAAUAGACACCCAAGAGGCAUAAGGAUACACAUAGAGUAUAGAACUCUCUGGAAGCAGUCUAUUCAUGCAGUAGGAAUGAGCUGACUUGAUGGACCUGAACAACAACAGCAAUGUAUUAAAAUAAAAAUGAACUAUACUGACUCGUCAUUUUACAAACA